CACCAAGAGUUCUUCCGUUUUAGACCGGAAGUAGUUCUCGGUGUUUCCGUAGCCAUUGACGAACUCCUGUUGUCCUGUGCUACAAUUUUUUUCUCACUUCGGCAGAGGGUUUAGUUUAAGAAAUUCACUGCCAUCAUGAAACUCGUUCGAUUUUUGAUGAAAUUGAGCCAUGAAACGGUUACCAUUGAGCUGAAGAAUGGCACCCAAGUCCAUGGCACUAUCACAGGUGUUGAUGUAAGUAUGAACACUCAUCUGAAGGCUGUAAAGAUGACCCUGAAAAAUAGAGAGCCCACCCAGCUUGAGUCCCUGAGCAUCCGCGGCAACAACAUCCGCUACUUCAUCCUGCCUGACAGCCUUCCCCUCGACACCCUGCUGGUGGACAUUGAGCCCAAGAUUAAGUCGAAGAAGAGGGAGGCGGUGGCUGGCCGUGGGCGAGGAAGAGGUAGAGGACGUGGCAGAGGAAGGGGCCGUGGAAGAGGUGGACCGAGGAGAUAAAUCGUUUGAGCGGGUUUUUUUUCCGUUUUUGUUUUUUCUCCAGUGUGUACAGGACUUUUUUUUUUUCCCUUUCAUUUGGAAAUACUGAUUCAUUUUCCUUUUGUACAUUAAACUCAACAUUUUUGAAAAGUAAAGUUUUCGAAAUCAGUGAUUUGAGUGAUGUGAUGGCUCACUGAGAUAUGCUUGUCUGAAAUACACUGUGGUG